AUGACAGACAUGAGCAGACUCCGUAACUCCGCACAGAAUCAAGGAGAAGCCUGGAUUGGACUGAACAACACAGGUGGAAACAGGAUGUGGCAUUGGUCUCUGCCAGGAGUGAAAUACAUUCAUAAUGACAGCAGCUGGAAUCUGAAUGGAAGAACUGGUAAUGAGCCACCUGGAAACUGUGGGAGGAAAAGAUACGAUAAUGGAGAUAAAAAGCUGGCAGAUGUUUCAUGUGAUUUUACAACAUGGUUCAUCUGCUACGAUGGAAUGAAGAAAGACAAGAAAACAUUGCAUUUAAUUGAAACAUUUAUGAACUGGACACAGGCUCAGAGCUACUGCAGAUACAAUCACACUGACUUGGCCAGUGGACCCGAUCAGGUAGAUGGAGAAGAAAUGAAGACCCUGUUCAAUGGCCGUCCCAUGAGUGUGUGGAUGGGUCUGUUCAGAGACAGCUGGAGGUGGUCCGAUGGGAGUGAUUUCUCUUUCAGAUACUGGGAUAUGCAGUUAUUCAAUGAUGAACAAAACACCAAGACAUGUGCUAUGACUCUGUUAAACAGAUCAGGAAAAUGGAGCUCUGAUGAAUGUGACAAAAAAAAACACUUCUUCUGUUAUGAUGCAGAUAAAUUGAUCCUGAUCAAAGAAAACAAGACAUGGAAGGAUGCCUUGAAUUACUGUGAAAACAACUACAAGGGGCUGGUUUCUAUCACCAACCCUGAGGUGCAGGGAUGGGUCCAGGAAAAAGCCAAGGGUGCUGACAGUCCCUAUGUUUGGAUCGGACUGAGCUACAAAUGCACUCUGGGAUUAUGGUUGUGGGUCAGUGACUACGUAGUCUGCUAUGACAAGUGGGCCACAGAGGGGAAGACUGAAGGGUGUGACAUGUCUGUAGGCGUGGACAGAGGAGGACAGCAUGAGUGGUUCAGUCGCAGGAAUAAUGAGACGUAUAAUUUUAUUUGUUCUAAAUGGUAA